AUGUUAAUUAAUAUAACAGCGAAAGAAAACAACCGAAAACCGUCGACUGAUCGCAAUGAUGCCCACGAUUUGUUACAGUUUGGUUCGCAUCCCGGAGCCGGCGGUGUGGGCCCCGGUGCCGGCCAGCAGUCAAUGGCCGGCGUAUCCAUCAGUCAAUUGUUGAGUCACUCGACGCCACACUCGCAGUCAAAUCCAAGCCAAACGCCACCACAACUACAACAACAACAGAGUUUAGUCAAACAGUUGGUCCCGACCCCCAACUCCCUGCCCAGAGCUAAGGCUCUGUACAAUUACGAUGGAAAGGAACUGGAAGGUGAUCUAUCGUUCAAAAAGGGAGAUAUUAUAAUAUUACGUAAACGUAUUGAUCAAAAUUGGUUUCACGGAGAGCUGAACAACAAGUCUGGUUUUCUGCCGGCUAGCUAUGUCCAGGUGCUCGUCCCGCCGCCCUCUCCCGUUCCUCCGCAAUGCAAGGCAGCUCACCUGCUCUUAACCCGGCUAGGCAAGCUCAUGGACCGCAUCGGCAUCUUUCCCAUCAGUUUCGUCGAGAUGAAUGUGUCGGCCCGAGCGCUCAUGAAGUUGGCCUCAAUCAACACGAACACGCCCUCUCGGUGCGCACCGCCCGCCCCCAUCACGACCGCCAUAUCGCCAGAGCCCACCACUUCGGGGGCCGUAGUCUUGUUGCAGAGUAUGAGUAAUACGACCGACGCCUUCGCCAGUCAGUCAUCACACAGUCAUACGACGACAGCUAGUAGUCCGCAGCCCUCGUCAGCAGCUAUCAUGACAUCCCUUUCCAACGCCAAUCCCUCAUCCAAAGUGACAACCAGUGCUCCAAUAGUUGCAGUAAUGCCGGUCACCGUUUCUGGUCCAGUCAUACAGUCAUCAGCAUUAAUAUUGACGACGAGUACAGCGCCUGGCGUUCUGUUGGCAACGCAAUCACCGGACACUACAUCGGCGACUGUAUCGCAAAGAAGUGCUGAUCACAGCGCCAACAAUGGCAUCAAUCAAAAGCGACACUCCCUGUGCUCGGCCUCACCGCCAGCGCCGGCACCCGUGUAUCAAAGAUCUCAGUCGCNUCACGCCAAACCAUCGAUAGCUCCAUCGGCGUCGACAACCACUGCGGCGGUCAAUGAGGUGAUCGCUCAGCCGACGAGCUCACAGCCCAACACCGCCAGCACUGCCACCGAUAAUGCAAUAGUCUAUGCAAGACCGCGACCCACCGGUCAACCCAUUUACGACGCGUCGAGAAAUUUGUCGGCUUUAGUGCCACCGCCGCCGCCCACUCAACGGCCCGGUCGACCACUCAGUAGUAUUUUAGUGCCUAAUACUAAGCCGUCGGACGAACGCAAUUCACCGCAGAGUCAAUUGGCUCAAGCGCUCAACCAGUCGCUACUCGUCUCCAAACCCCAGUCCGCCUCCCAGUCCUCACUCAAUCAAAGUACUCAAUGGCAUCAGCCGAAAGUGGCGGCCACGAGGAACACGAUAUCAAUGGCCACCAACACGUCGGCCGCAGCCAUAACUCCGCCGCCAAACGUGUCGGUGAUGUCGUCGGGCGGCGGGGCGUCGAUGACACCGACCAGUCAUAGGCCGCCCACCGAUCGAAAGGAAUCAAAAACGAAAGAGAAAUCAAAUUUCAUAAAACGCUUGACGUCUUCAAAGCCUAAACGCAAACAUCAGAUGAAUAAUAAUAAUAAUAACUGUAAUAAUAGUAAUAAUAACCACAACAAUAGCUUUUCGUGUGAUAAUCCGUCGUUUGUGGACACAUCGCCCAACAGUGUGGCGCCCCUUCACAUCAGGUCCGGCUCCUGUCCUAACGAGUCGUUACCGGAAUUACAGUCACAUAAGAAACAGUCCUCUUUUGACGACACAAAUACCGUGAUUAAGAAUCGGCUGACGAAGAGUGCGGUAAAGGAGUCGCCACAAGUGCCGCAACCCAUUGCGCCGCCACUCGUGAGGGAGAGGUUCCGAUGUGUAGUGCCUUAUCCG